GAGGAGGAGAAGAGGAAAGAGGAAGAGGGGAGCGGAGAGAUACCUUAUUGUUCAUUUCUCCCUCUCAGUCUACCCCUCCGUGCCACCAUCCUCAUCCCAGGCAGCCAGCUGGAGCGGUCGUCUCCAGAUCCCACCCCUCACCUCACCCCACCUCCUUGGUCCAAAUGGAGCAGCGGACCAAGCGUCGGCAUUAAAGUUUGACUUGCGUCGCCGCUGGAAACAACCACUGCGUCUUGGAAGGUCCUGGAAGGUCCCAUUGGAACUACGUGACCCAGAAUUCCACUCUCUCUCUCCACUGCGCUGGCUCUGCUGCUGCCGGUGCUGUUGUGAGAGGCAGACUUUGUAAUAGGCCAGAGCAUCCUAGGCAAUUGCUUUGAUAUCAGGCAGCCUGGAGCUCUUGUGACAUUGUGGGGAGGCACAGAGUACAGACACUGCUACCUACUGCGGGCCUGGAGGACAGCUAGCUAGCGAUGCCAGAUGUUUUGGAGGGAUCUGGCUCUCCCACACCAACAUGACUGAGACACCGCAAUUCACCUGUCACAGUUGUUAAAUAAGCCUUUCCCCGGAAACCGAUGACUCAAUUCUAAGGGAUUGGCUGUGCCGCACGCCCAUCAAUACCGCUUCCCCUCGCCGAUUGGACCGUGCCACUGCAAAAAAAAAAAAAAAGAAGAGAGGGGCCAGAGCCUUCCCGCUCGCUCAGGCACCGUCCGUCCGAUUGGUGGUGCUGGGAGGGGUGGCGGGCGGCUGGGCCUGAGCCGAACAGUACGCCGGGUCGAGCCGAGCCGAGCCGAGCUGGGCCUAACCGAGCGGUGAAGCCAAGAGGGAGCUAUCGGAGCGGAGCGAGUGAUCGAUCGAUCGGAGCGAUCGGACUGGCCGUCUGGUCUUGCGGGGUGGUGCAGCUGCUGGUGUUUUGGGAGUGAGAUGCGGAUUGGAGGAUGUCGGGGGACUGGGAUGAAGACCUGUGCAAGAAGGCGUUCAUGCUGGUGGAGGAGCUGUGCUUCCGGUCCCCGGAGGGCCGCAGCCAGAGCGAACACUGCCAGGAGUUCAGCUACAUCCUCAGGGGCGGCAGGGGGCAGCUGGACUCAGACAUCUCGGUGAGCCUCCUGUCGGUCAUCGUCACCUUCUGCGGCAUCGUCCUGCUCUCCGUCUCCCUCUUCGUGUCCUGGAAGCUGUGCUGGCUGCCGUGGCGCGACAACGGCGGCCUGAGCCUGACGGCGGGCCUGCUGCCGGGCAGCGGCGGGGCGGGGGGGCUGGGCGGCGGUGGCGGCGGCGGCGGCUCGUCCCUGCUCCCGCCCCUGCUGCAGAGGAAGGACACGCACUCGUCCUCCUCGCUCUACCCGUCCCUGUCGCAGCCAUCUCAGCACCACCCGCACUUCUCCGACCUCAUGGGGGUGGAGAGCGGCGGAGGGGGCGGGGGGCUGGUGGUGGGGAGCGUGGUAGGGGGGCCCCAACCGCCGCAGACUACCGAGACCCAGGAGCACUCCUACCUGGACAUGGACUCCUACCCCAACAACGCAGGCAAUCUGAAGUUGAGCACUACGUCUCCAGAGUUGCCUCCUACAGCUGAGGGCGCCCAGCCUCAGAAGGACCUGCCCAAUGCCCAUUCCCAACAGCAGGUGGCAGCCACCAGGCCUAAGCCCAUGACUCACCAGCUGUCCAGCCCGGACUUCCAUGGCGAGGACAAGAGCGACCAGGUGACCAGCAUCGGCCAGAUCAAGCCGGAACUGUACCGGAUGCGGGGCGGCGACCAGGGCGACGGCAAACAGGGGAGCCCCUGCGGCAAGAUCAGCUUCCUCCUCCGCUACGCCUUCAACACGGAGCAGCUCGUAGUGAAAAUCCUGAAGGCUCUGGACUUGCCGGCGAAGGACGCCAACGGCUUCUCAGACCCCUACGUCAAGAUAUACCUGCUGCCCGACAGGAAGAAGAAGUUCCAGACCAAGGUCCACAGAAAGACCCUGAAUCCUGUAUUUAACGAGACAUUCCAGUUCGGCGUGCCGCUGGCGGAGCUGCACGCGCGCAAGCUGCACUUCUCCGUCUACGACUUCGACCGCUUCUCGCGCCACGACCUGAUUGGCCAGGUGGUGGUGGACAACCUGCUGGACUUCAGCGAGGGCAGCGGAGACAAGCCCAUCUGGAGGGACAUUGUGGAGGGAACGGCGGAGAAAGCGGACCUGGGCGAGCUCAACUUCUCACUGUGCUACCUGCCGACCGCCGGUAGGCUCACUGCCACCAUCAUCAAAGCCACCAACCUCAAAGCCAUGGACCUCACUGGCUUCUCAGACCCGUAUGUGAAGGCUUCGCUGAUCUGUGACGGGCGUCGGCUGAAGAAGAGGAAGACCUCCAUCAAGAAGAACACGCUCAACCCCACCUACAACGAGGCCCUGGUCUUCGACAUUCCAAACGAAAACAUCGAGAAUGUUAGCGUGAUCAUCGCCGUCAUGGACUAUGACUGCAUCGGGCACAACGAGGUGAUCGGGAUGUGUCGCGUGGGCAGCGACGCGGAGGGCCCCGGCCGAGAGCACUGGGCCGGCAUGCUGGCCAACCCCCGCAAGCCCAUCGAGCACUGGCAUCAGCUGGUGGAGGAGAAGGCCAUGUCCACAUUUGUAUCAAAGAGUGCCACAGCGUCCCCCAAGCCUAACAUCGUGGUGGAUAGCCCUCACUCUGAAUAGCCCUGUCAGCAUUAUCUCGCAAGACAUCCAGAAUUUCAUUCUUUCUCUCAUCAUCUGUGAAUACUUCUGUCCAUCAAGCGAAAGGAAGGAGGACGGAGAGACUGAAGAAGAGGCACUACUGCCCCGUGCCCCUUGGUCGCCCCUGGCAACUCUGGAGACACUACAGACAGGCAGACAGACAAAACAGAGAGACAGACAGACAGACAGACAGACAGAAAGACAAAAAUCACCCUCUACAACAGAGAUGUCACUAUGUUAACUGGACACUCAAGGCUCUCUCUUGG